GAAAAGCCUGCCAGAUUGCAACGCUCCAAAAUGCCUAAUUGCAGCUCCGAAGUCGUAAAAACCAAAGGUUCUAUUUCUUCCUUUCAAAUUCUAGGGUCUCUGAGAAGAGAUUAAGCAGCCGCGGCAGCAAAACUCGACAACGGCGAGGAUAAAGGUUCACGAGUUAAGGAACAUGUCCAAGACGGAGCUGCUAAGCCAAUUGAAGGACUUGAAAGCUGAACUUGCUCUCCUCCGCGUCGCUAAGGUCACAGACGGCGCCCCUAAUAAGCUCUCCAAGAUAAAAGUUGUGAGGUUAUCGAUCGCGCAGGUUUUGACGGUGAUUUCGCAGAAGCAAAAAUCUGCGCUUAGAGAAGCUUAUAAGAAGAAAAAGUUCCUCCCUUUGGAUCUCCGUCCCAAGAAGACUCGUGCCAUUCGCCGCCGCCUUACUAAACAUCAGGCAUCUUUGAAGACACAGCGUGAAAAGAAGAAGGAGAUGUACUUCCCACUAAGGAAAUAUGCCAUUAAAGUGUAAGCAGGAGCUACUUUUUGUUAUAUCAAAGUCUAAAAAGUAGAAUUAUGGUUUAGAUGCAGUUAUAUGAGCAUCAUUUUUGUCCCUUUAUUAGUUUUCCUUGAACAUCUGUUUGAGCGCUAUAAUAUGAUUUCACAUUUCAGAAUGUGUUUUGACUUGUA